AUGGCGGCCGAGAUGGCGGCGCUGCCUUCGGCGACGCCCCCCGGCGCCUCUGCGGGCCGAGACCCCCGCGUGCGGUGCCGCUCGCGCCACCGGACUGCAGAGUUGGUGGGCUACUGCAAGUCUUACGCGCGCGCGCUCGGGGACGAGCAGCCGGUCGAGGCCGAGGCCUUGAAGUGGGCUCUCAGCGAAGCCGUCUGGAACUUUGAAACAGCUGUACAAGAGAACAUCACUGUUAAUGGACAGCCAUGGCAGGAGUCAUCAGAUCUUCAAAAUGGUGCCGACAUCAAACUCCUUGAAGAUCAGCUUGAUGAAUUGGUAGUGGAAGUGGCUUCCAAGCGUAAUCAGCGUCCCCGAAAAAUACAAGCUCAUGUCGUCAAAGGCAUUAAAGCACGGCAAGAAAUGUUGGGCUGCUAUCAACCUGUUGUGAAACCUCAAGAGAUAAAAGCAACGCUUUCUCAAGAUUCUCAAAUGGCAAACCUGAGGCUUUCAGCAGAAGCGGCAUCCAGACAUAUUGGAAAUUCAUUUAAGUCUAUGACGUCUCUCCUGGGAAAAGCCGAAGGUUUCUCCACGGUGUUAUCUUGGCAGCCUAACUUGGAACUGUGCAAAAUCCGCCAAGAGGUAUUUUCCAACUCUGAAGUGAAAGCAGAGAAUCAAAUUAAGAGCAAAAACCUUAUGGAACAAGUAGAAGUCAGCUCCCCAGAGACUGCUACCAGCAAUUCUGUUAUAUUGAAAAUAAAGAGACCGUCCUGUUCACCACAGAAAAUGUAUCCACUACGACGAAGGAAAAUUGGUCUUGACACAUGAAUUUUUUUCUGCUUUAAAGCAUUAAAAAACUCCUAUCGGCUUUGAGAGAACUGUUUAAUUGGACCUUCAUAUGAAGAUAUGAUUUUUCCUUUUCACAUUAGUAGGGGAUUUUGUUGCCUAUUUGAACUUGUCUACCACACAAAGCAGUCUGAGU